AUGGGGUUUGAAGUGGCGAACGUGAUAGUGAGGGCAAUCAACCUGCGCCAGUCGCUGCUAGAGAGGGAUAUAGAGGACCUUCGGGCGGAGGUGCUGGCGUCUGAAGGGAUAAGGAUGCUGGUUUCAGACGACUUCUACCACGUCUGGUGCAUUGCUGCCGAGGACAAGCGGGGCGAGUUGAGAGCAGUGGCAAGAGACGUGGCACGGCUGGGCAAACAAUGUCUUGACCCGGCACUGCAUUCGCUCACACAAGCUUUUGAUGCCCUCGGCACCAUGGACGGCCCCAAGGGCCGAAUGACAUCAGCGGAGGUGGAGGGGGAGUUGCGAGCACUGGAGGGGCAGGCGCAGGUCACAGCGGAGCUGUACCACGAGUUGGCGAAUCUGGAGCAGCUGCAGCAGUCACUGGACAGACGGAUGAAGCAGGACACAGACUCAGCUGUCAACAGAGAGCUGAUAGCGCAGAUGCGGGCAGAGCUGAAGGCACAGGAGAAGAUAGUAAAAACGAUGAAGAAGAAAGGGCUCUGGUCGAAAACCAUGGACGAGGUGGUGGAGAAGCUAGUUCAAGUGGUCAUAUUCCUCCACGACCAGAUUGUGGACGUGUUCGGGGCCGAUGUGGUGAAGGUGGGUCGUCUCAUGUCAGGCACGCCUCCCACAGCGGCUGAUCUGAGGAAGCUCGGAGUGAACGGCAUGGCGCUGCAAUACGCCAACAUAGUUAACAUGAUCGAUACAAUGGUGAUGCGGCCAGCGUGUGUGGAGACACAGAGGGAGGCGCUUUACUCCGCCCUGCCUGCUUCUGUCUGUGGGCGGUUGAAACGCACGCUGUUGCAGUCGCAAGACAUAGAGCAGGAGAGUACGGAGAGCAUCCGGCAGAAGAUGGAGGCGGUGCUGGACUGGCUGGUGACCAUGGCAGAAAACACCAUCCGGUCAGUCGGCGUGCAGCAGAAGAUGGAAGCAGUGCUGGACUGGCUGGUGACCAUGGCAGAGAACACCAUUCGCAGGAGAUGGGGGGCGGUGCUGGAUUGGCUGGUGACCAUGUCAUGGUGUUUCUCUCGUUAUACUGUCUGUCUGCUCACAUGCAGGUUCGGGCUAGACAGCAGGGUGCAGGGGCACACGGACCUAACCCUCCUGCAGACGCUGCUUCAGCUCCCCACCACCUUCUUCUGUAUCAUCCCUCUGCCAUCUACUUCUCUCUCAUUCUGUAUUUUCCCUGGCUAUCCCCCCAGGUUCGGGCUGGACAGCAGGGUGCAGGAGCGCACAGAUCUCAUGCUCCUGCAGACGCUGCUUCAGCUCCUGUUCGGGCUGGACACGGACUUAACUCUCCUGCAGACGCUGCAGCAUGUGGAUCACCUCAAGAUGGAGCGCCUCAGGCACUGCUGCUUUGGCUGUAGCACUUCCCCUGAUUCCUGCACCCACCCAUCGGCUGCCCACCCUUCCCCCCCUCCCAGGUUCGGGCUGGACAGCAGGGUGCAGGGGCACACGGACCUGACUCUCCUGCAGACGCUGCAGCAUGUGGAUCACCUCAAGAUGGAGCGCCUCGUGCUGCUGCUGCUCGUCGGCCUGCAGCACCUCGCCAGCCGCAGCGCCGACAACGACUGGAGCCCCGUUCCCCGCGGGGUGGUGCUUGCUCCGGUGUAUUCGCCGAGGGUUCUGUCUCCCGAUCGCGCCGGUUCUUCUGCUGAUGGUGGUGCUGCUGGUGGCUCUGGUGGUUCUGCUGGUGGUGGGGAUGGUGUUGGUGUUGUUGUUGGUGAUGGGGCUGAAGCGGUUGCUGCUGCUGCGGGUGAAUCAGAUGGGCUGGUGGUUCGUGCUAAUGGGGAGAAGACUGGAGAGACAGGAGAGCAAAGUAUCAGUGCUGAAACAAUUUCUGGCAAGGAGGGUACCCCUGCCGCUGCUGCUGCUCCUGCUGCCGGCCUUUCGGCUGCUUCUGAGGAGGCAAGUGCGUCUGCAGCAACAGAUGAGUUCCGGUUCCCAGUGCCCAAGUCCUCUUCGGUAGAGUCACAGGGGGCAGCUGAAGCAGCUGCUGCAGCAGCAGCAGCAACAGCAGCAGCAGGAGCAGCAGCAGGAGGAGGGGGAGGUAAGGAGGAAGAGCCAGUAGUGCCGCCCAUUUCUCUCUCCCGCGCCCGUCGAGGCCUCUCUGAGAGCGUCCCAACAGUGGAUGACUGGGAAACCCUCCCUCGGCGCAUUGCAGCAAUGGAAGAGGAGGAGAAGGCACGGGCAGAAGAAGGGGGUGCGGUUUCUGCCGCAGCAGAGGGGUUGGGGGUUGUGGAAACUGGUCGGCCUCGAUCGGCUGGGCUUGAACCUGGUGCGGUGGAUGCGGCAGGCUCGGCCGAGCCUCCGGUGUGGCGGCAGGUUCGGCAGGCUUCUCUUACUGAAGCUUCGCUUGAGCCGACCGGGGGAGGUGGUGGGAGUCGACCGUCUAGCAGCGGAGGGAAGCCUGCCACUGCUGCUGCUUCAACAACAGAGGUUGCGGAAUCUCCUGCUGCUGCUGCUCGUAGGGCGCUAGCUAGCGGCAUGGGCACCAGCCGGAAGAGUUUGGAAAACGCCCUGCGCAUGGGGGGUAAUGCGGGUAAACGCCCGGUCGAUGCCGCCGGAGCGUUCGGAAGCCCGUUCGACCGAACCAAGCUGCCAGGCUCGGCAGCAGGCUCGGGCGCGGCAGGCUCGGGGCCGUUGGCCGGCGAAGCGCUGCUGGCAGCGAUGACCAUGAGCCAGGGCUUUGGUCCGGCAGCCCGAGGCGCAGCUUCGGAAGAGAUGAUGGAGGCGAUGCGGGAGGCCACGUACGGCCGAAGCAGGAGCCACACGUUUGCCAUGGCGGCUCGGCCCGAGCCUAACCCUCGGUUCUUCACGAAAUCUCUAAGCAGAUACAACCUGCUGAGACGCAUGGAGGCUGAGGAAGCAGGGGGAGGUGGUGGUGGUGGUGGUGGUGCGGGCAGCAGCAGUGCAGGAGGGUCAAUCUUUGUAGCGCCUCAGAGGUUCCUACCGAUGACUCCUGCAACGGUAGAUGUGGAUCGGAUUCACGAUGUGAAGCCUGAUCUGGACCUCACCAGUGUGGCUGCACCUAGACUGGGAGGCAGACUAGUGUAG